CAUCAAUCAUUUCCUUGUUUUUUUUUCCUCUCUUCGAAAGGAACACUCUUCUUAGCGUAGUUCCCUUGUUCCUCUUGCCUUGGAAUCGUUGUGCAUCGCAACACACCAUCGCUAGGAACCACGGAGCAGCACCAGCACCAGCACCAGCGCGUCCCAUCGCAGAACAAACACAGCACACGACACAGAAGGCACACACACGUAGCGAAGCAAAGCAACGCAAAACAUACCAUCCACCGCAAUGGCGCGAUCGGAAGAAGCCAUCCUGCGGCGCGCCCUGAAGCGGCAGAGGACGGAGGGCGAGCAGCGCUCCGCCGAUCGGGCCGACAUGAACAAGCGGGMGGCGCUGGAGCGAGAGCGCAGGACGGAGCGGGGCCGCGAGCAAGGGAACGGCGGCGACAACCACCGCAACAACGGAAGCCGCCCCGGUGGCGGCAACCGCAACGGAGGCCACCACAACCGCAGCGGCGGGGGCUUCCGGCCCCGGUCCGGUGGGCCGCCGCAGGGAUCCCGGCCGGUUCGGAGGGGAGCCCCCCCSCGCCAGGGCRAKGGGGGUUCCGAGAAACCUUCCUGGGCCGAGCAGGCGAGCUCGGGAACGGUGGAGAAAAACCGGGAGCUGAGGGCAGCCUACCUGGCCACCGGUGGAAGCGGGAUGUCCCCGGAGGACCUGGAGCGCGCCAAGCUGCUGGUGGCCCGGGACGAGCGGAAGCGGGCCAAAAAGGACCGGCGCAGGGCCGGUGCCGGCGGCGACGGGGCGGCGGCAGCGGCGAAAGGAACCGGCGCGGCGGGAGCGGAUGCCGCAACGGCCGGGGCAAACGGCAAGGAGGACAAGAAGGCCACCCCCAACAAGGACGGCAGCRACGGCAAGUCCGAGAGCGAGGGCGGGGCCGGCAACGACCACGACAAGAAGCAGAAAUCCUCCCGGGCCCAGGCCAAGCGAGACCAGAACAGAGCGCUGCGCAAGCUCUAUGCAGAGACGGGCGGGAAGGGGAUGAAGCCGGAGCAGAUCGAGCGUGCCAGGCUGCUCGUGGCGAGGGACGAAGCGAAGAAACAGCGGAGGGCGGCGCAAGCGAAAAAAGAGACGAAAACGCCCCAGCAAUGAGCCAACAGGCCUACCCAAUCCCAACAAUUCAAUACCCAUACCGAUACCGACAACGUCUCUUCUCAUAGUAAGAACAACAMAACUAKUACCACUUGCUGAGCAUGCGUGGAACCGUUUCGUUCCAAAGCCCUGUUGCUGCCGGAGGGCARKGCAGSAGCGKCGUUUCGAAUGCGUGCUAUCACCAUUACUUUCUAGGACCUGUUUCGUUCCCUGCUUUUGUGCGGUACUGCACGGAAUAGAAGCCGUUCCGUCCA